UUCACAUCGACUCAUUCUAGAGAUCAGAGGAUAGUGUAUUGGAAGACACCAAAAGAUUGUAGUUCGGAAAGCAGAAUGAUGCAUGUCCCUUUGGUGCUUUUCGUUUUUGGGUUAUGUACAUUUAAAGAAACAUCUGAGGCUACCGACGUUGAGAAUUCUACGCUGGGAAGAGUGAUAGAUCUUCGAAAGGUCAACUUAUUGGCCGACUUCCAGGAGCAAGAGAACAGGAUCUUUGAGGAGCUCCCCCCUAAAUGUUUCGUGAAGAAAACUUUGAAGUCUUCGAGCAGCCACUUCGAGUAUUACGCAAAUACCAAGGAAUUUUAUAAAUCACUUGCCACCCAGUCAAGCUUGAGCGCCUCUUUGCAGUCCGCCUACUCGUUGGGUGUUACGGUAUCAGUAGCAACAAAGAGCAAAAGUUCACAGCAAACUGAAGUGAGUGGCAUGUCUUUAAUCAAACAGGCGUUAACAGAAAAGAUCCACGUCGAUAAAGAAUGUCUAGUAAGUGAAGACAUCUCCACCUUGAAAGGAACAUUUCUGAAGGACUUCGAGGACUUGCCCGUAAACAUCGAAAAUCCUUGGGAACCAAACUCAUGGAGAAGGUAUCGUAAUUUUCUCAAGGAAUACGGUUCUCAUGCUAUAACGUCUGUGAAGCGCGGAUCAAGAUUUCAGCAGAUGACAUUCGCAGAGAGCUCGAAGGCCUACACUGAAAGGGAUUUCCAAGUAAAAGCUUGCGUUUCGGUCGCAGGACCUUCCCAGGUUGGAAAGGUUGGCGUCUCUGCAUGUUCAAACGUAAGCCAAAGUGAGAUAUCCAACGCGACCAGGAUGAGCACAAGCGAGAAACGCUUUGUCAGAGGUGGAAAAAGGGAAACAAACAGCGAGCUGGCAAACGGGGCGACGUCGGUUGAAUUGCUUAGCCAACUCAUGAAUGAAGCAGAUGAAUUUCCCGCGUCUGUUCAGCACACCUUCAUGGCGAUCUGGACCAUCCUACAGAGCCGAUUUAAACAGGGAUCUCCUAACAAUAUCCGAGCCACAAACCUUGAGUACUACUACCUUGGGUUCUUGAAUUAUGGUUGUCCAUACAUAAGUAACUCUGGACUUGCCAUACAAAAAUUUGACCAUACCAGUGGCUCCAGCGAGGAGUAUCCAGAAUUCGAGUGUACCCUGGCAAAAGAGGGCUUGAAACAAGGUGCAGGUGACAGUAAGAUAACUGCAUACCCAAACACAUUUGAGGAUUGGGGGUGGCGUGGUUGUGAUUGGAAACUUGCGGGAUCUUGGUGCAAGUGCUACAAUGAAAAUCGUGAUCAGCGGAAAACUGUGUGGUCCUUGCCAAACAGAGAUGCCCCUACACAUAAAGCAUCAACCAAAACCGCUGCAAAGAAGGCAGAAGAUUAAUGUCUCCGAAGUACACCGCUGGAAAAUAGAAAUUAAAAACGAAAGAAACUUUAAAUUUUGACGCACUUACGUAAUUAUUGAAAUUUGGCACACUUAAAGUUAGAAGUAUGCAUGUGUCUCAUUUUGUCUGAAUAAAGGAUUGAAUGUGUACAUGUCUCCACAUUUGAUAGCACCCACGCCCUGUUUGCGUAGAGAUCGUACUGAAAAGCUAUUUUCCUAAGAA